AUGUCUCAACCUGUAUCUGCAACGAAUCGUCGCAUCGAAGAAGAACGACGAACUAAGUACUGUGGUACUGCAAGUCUACGCGUUGACUCUCUUAGCUUUAGUCAUCAAAAAAAUCUACGAUUUGGAGACGAGGCGGCUAGAAAUACUGCUGUACUUGCACGGAUUUUUCGCGAGGAAGAUGGGCUGCGUCAGGAGGAUGCUCAAAACCAUAUUACAGCAAUCAUCAACCCGCAAGUCUUGGAAACAGCCCUUGCGAGUUGCAAUAUAGAUGGUUCAAGCCUAAUGAGAAAUAUACUGCCAUAUCCGCAACUGGAGCUACCAGUCGGGGUUUCCCUAGAGUGUCUCCAGGGCCACGAUCGUUUAGCCGCGGCAAAUGAUGUUUUUAAAGGAUCUGAUCAACGAUGGAUAGUUGAUCUUUACCUGGAUGAUUUAAGCGACGACUUGAAACAAAUGCUCACCGACGACUAUAAACAUCAGAGAAAGCCGUGCGAUGGCGAAAUUUACUACAAGAUCCGAGAAUACCAGGGUAUAUGCGGCACAGCGAACAGUUUCUUUGAAAAGUUAUGGUAUGGCCGUUUGACUGUGUCCAAGAGUCGCCGGGAGAAGUUUCAGCAGCUGCUAGGUCAUGCAGAGUACCUUGCAGCGUUUGACAAAUUCCUACAGAUGCCUGCUCUCCUGACUGACCUGCGGAUAACUGUUCUGCAUGAGAUAAUGUCUAUGCAAUGCGAUGAGCCAAUCCUAAACUACCUGGCGCACACAUGGAUCUGGUGGUUUAAACUAUGUGAAGGGAACUUCGAUUCCAUGCAACGCAUAGACAGACAUACCAUCGAGAUGUUGCAGGGCAAGGCUCCCGGUGCUUCUAAGCACGAUCGUGAUACCUUGUUGGUCUGCUUUCGCAACCGAGAGCUCUUCAGUAACAUCCCCGAGCAGCAUCGGGACGGCUUUUGGGACAGAACCCUAGAGAACUCGAGGGUCGGCCUGAUACCGUCGCUCUUCACUUUUUUCGAAGACCGAAAAUUUUUGCACAGAGUCUCCGAGAGUAUGCGUUACAUCUUGGAUGUUAAUGGGCGAAUCGGUGUCGCGGGUGCGCUUUCUUCCGCAUUUCAGAACUCCGCAAAUGAUUCCACAAUGGAACCAUGCACUAUCCAGUGGUCAGACUACCAUUUUACUACCAUUCCAGGAAAUGAAACCACUAGGAAAGCCCUAGGGGCCCGACAAUUAUGGCUAUAUGCUUUCCGCGAAUACGAGAAUCUACCACCGAUUUCGCGGAAAAAGAAUCUUCUCGCCAAGUCUCGAACUAAGUUCGAUGAACAAGUUUUAUAUGACUUCGCAGUUUUUGCUUUGCAGCUAGGCUUCCAAACGGUGAAAAUUGACAAGAUCUUGUCUCGGUCAAUAGAUUGUGACAUUGCCGAGCGUGCGCUUGACGCUGCUCGGAAGCCGGAAGCUUACGAAUACGGCAAUAAACCGCAACUGAUCACACAGAUGGUCAACAUGUUUGCCGCCGCUCAACCAGUGUCUACCAAGCCGCUGCUAGAACAGCAGCACGCAGCAGAACCAAGGCUGCCACCGACAAGGUACGGCUUGCCUGAGGCGACUGAUCAUACGCGGGACAAGUCGCUGCUCUUCUUACCGCAGAUGAAGGCUGCUUCCGCGGGUUCGAUAAUGAACCACGUUUCGUCAUUUUUUGUGAGGACGUCGGUAUACUUAGCAUUUUUUGGGGAUUUUCCCGAACUUCCUGAGCUUCGAAUGCCGGAAGAGCCAGCUCUAAUUGCCGCGCACACGAAGAGGAUAGAUAACGACCACGACAUGGAGCUCUGUGAGGAGUCUUUACCGACUUCUCCGGUUCCUGUUCGGAAAGGUCAAGAUUCCAGCCGACCCCAGAGCGCACGGAUGCAGCCACACGAAGCUCAAAAUUUUGAAUUCGGUUCGGGGUUCGUCGGCGAGCUGAUUGAGCUCUCGCCACCGUCUGUUACGAGGGCAGACGAGAGUCAGCCAAGCAUGAGCACCGAGUUGGCCAAAGCUCUAGGCGAGCUCAACGGUCUAAGAGAUACUGUAGCUCGAGAGCAAGUAAAGUUGGACGUUAUCAAGAAUCAGAUUGAAGAGGAGCAAGCAGUGCUCGACGCGAAGAAGCAGGAUAUGCAAAUACUUAUUGAAAAGGAAGACACCUUAUCCAGCCAAGUCCAGCAGCUUGGUUUAGCAAGCAGUGCGAAGAAAGUCGAGUGGUCCUAG